AACUUCACUCUCGCAGCAUGGGUUACCUGGCCAGCAUCUUCGCGGCGGCGCUCCUCGCCCUUCAGGGAGCGGCGGGGAUAAGCUUGUACGAGUACUAUGCCCCCGGCGGAGUGGUGUCCAGUGGGCUUCUUGCUGAGGGUGACACCUUCAGCCUGAAUGGGCGGGAGAUCCUGCUCCUGUCGGGCGCCUUCCACUACUUCCGCGUCCACCCCGCCCGCUGGAGGGACACCCUCAAGAAACUUAAAGCAGCAGGGCUAAACGCCGUCGAGACCUACGUGCCUUGGAACUUGCAUGAGCCCCGGCAGGGGGAGUUUGACUUUGGCGAUCUCGGGGAGCCCAUGUCGAUGUUCCUCGACGUUCGAGCCUUCGUGCAGAUGGCGCAGGAGGAGGACCUCUUCGUCAUCUUUCGCCCCGGGCCAUACAUCUGCUCCGAGUGGGACUUCGGUGGGAUGCCAAGCUUCCUACUGCGGGACCACACGAUGCAGGUCAGGACCUACUACGACGGCUUCCGGCUGGCGGCCGCGAACUUCUUCGACAACUUGCUGCCGAAGGUGGUCGACCUGCAGUUCACACGAGGCGGACCGAUUAUCGCAGUUCAGAUCGAGAACGAGUACGGGAACUUCGGCUACAGCGACGAGCCUCGUGAUACUCUCUACCUGGAGUUCCUGCGAGACAACCUGAUCGCCAACGGCUUCGGGGAGUCGCUCUUCUUCACGUCCGACACGCCUUCCUACUCAGGGGACCUCGGCUCGGUGCCCGGAGAGCUGAUGACGGCCAACUUCAAGUCGGGAGGAGAGAAGGAGCUCCAGCUUCUGAAAGAGAUCCAGCCUAACCGGCCUCUCAUGGUCAUGGAGUUCUGGACCGGCUGGUUUGACCACUGGCUGGCGGAGGUGCACGUCACGUGGGCGCCCGAGAAGUUCGCCGAGAACCUUGACAUGAUCCUGAGCCACAACGCCUCCGUCAACAUGUACAUGUUCAUCGGCGGGACCAGCUGGGGCUUCAUGGCGGGCGCCAACACCCUGGACAUCUGGCCCCACUAUGCGCCCGAUACCACUUCCUACGACUACGACGCUGUAUUAACCGAGGCCGGCGACUACACCGAGAAGUACACUCUGGCGAAGGAGACCAUUGCCAGAUAUAAUCCUCUAGAAGGCAUCGUUGACCUCCCGCCGCCGCCCGCAGAGACGACCAAGGUGGCCUACCCUGCCGUUCCCGUGGCCGACGCCCUUGACCUCGAUACCUUUUUGACACAAGUUCCCAAGUUCGAGAGCCUUGAAGGGACGGUGAGCAUGGAGCUGCUGCCCGUGAACAACGGCAGCGGUCAGGCGCACGGAUACAUAAUGUACACGACGCACGUCACUGUCGCGGCGCCCAACUCCACGCUGAAGAUCAGGGGUCAUGUCAGGGACAUGGCGCAGGUGCUGCUGAACGGCCAGGUCAUCACCGAGCCUUAUCACAAUCAGCUGGACGUCAACAAGUUCGGCUUCUGGAAUGGACUUGACAAAGAACUGGCACUCCCUGGCACCGGCGAAGUGGCUGAGCUCAGUAUCCUCGUGGAGAACCUUGGGCGUGUCAACUACGGCGCCCCCCACAAGUACCACCAGCAGAAGGGGCUGUGGGAGGGGCCUGUCCUCGUCGACGGAACGCAGGUCGACGAGUGGGAGAUUCACCCGAUGGAAUUCAAGGGUCUUCAGAGCUUGAGUGGCUGGACUGCCUUCGGCGGAUCCCUCGCCACCCCCGCCUUAUACCGCUGCGUCCUGGACGUGGUCGGCGCCCCCGAGGAUACCUGGCUGGACAUGAGCGGCUGGGGCAAGGGCGUCGUCUUUAUCAACGGUUUCAACCUGGGCCGCUACUGGAACGCCGGCCCGCCCAAGACCUUGUACCUGCCGGGGCCUCUGCUGAAGGAGGGCAGCAAUGAGAUCGUGGUGUUCGAGCAAUACACGGCCUCGUCCGAAAUCGUCUUCCGCGACACUCCGAUCUUGUCAUAGGCUUUGCUUUAUUCCGAUUUUCUCGGGGGAAUAAAUAAAGUUUAUUGACUA